AGAAGGAAGGCAGGGACGCCUCCAAGGACUGUCAGGCAACCAGACAAGAACCCCUCAAAGAGCACCUACAGCUGUUCUUCUGGGCUGAGAGGAGAAGUAAACUGUCAUCAUGAGUGGGGACGCGGAAAUGGAGUGUUUUGGCCCUGCGGCCGUAUUCCUCCGCAAGCCAGAAAAAGAGCGAAUUGAAGCCCAGAAUGCUCCCUUUGAUGCUAAAACAGCUUACUAUGUGACCGAGCCCAGCGAGAUGUACCUGAAGGGGAAACUCGUCAAGAAGGAGGGCGGCAAAGCCACUGUGGAGACUUUCUGUGGGAAGAGUAUCACCGUGAAGGAAGAUGAAAUCUUCCCCAUGAACCCUCCAAAGUACGACAAGAUUGAGGACAUGGCCAUGAUGACCCACCUCAAUGAGCCAACUGUGCUGUAUAACCUCAAAGAGCGAUAUGCAGCAUGGAUGAUCUACACCUACUCCGGGUUGUUCUGCGUCACUGUGAACCCCUACAAGUGGCUGCCAGUGUACGAUGCAAUGGUUGUUGCAGGAUACAGAGGAAAGAAGAGAAUUGAGGCUCCUCCCCACAUCUUCUCCAUCUCUGAUAACGCCUAUCAGUUCAUGCUCCAAGACAGAGAAAAUCAGUCUAUCUUGAUCACGUAAGUGUCAAGUAUUUUGAGGUAUUUUCAUCAUUAAUUGCAUCACUAUU